AUGCGCGCGUACAGCGCCCUCGACACAACCUCAACACUGAGGUCAACGAUCGACCAGCGCCCUCGACGAAACCUCGACACCGGGCCCCAAGAGCUUGAAGGCCGGUCCCCUGGGAUAGCGUCGACCUUGUCGUGGUCCAGGGGCUCUAGUACUUCUUCGGAGGGAAGCCAACAGACGCUUACUAACAGGGCGGUGCGUGUAAGUAAGCUCAAGACGAUCGACGCCCUUAUCAUCAACACUCGGGCACGACGACUUCAAUCAAACACGACAUCAACACCGAGCGGAGGCCUCUGGACGUCCUGGGCUCUCUGGGUCUGCUGGGUCUCUCGUGGGUCUCGUGAGCUUAAUCUCUGGGCUGCUGGGCUGAAGCUAGUCUUGCUAGAGCUAGGCGACAUCGACAUCGACCUCACGACCGAGCUCAAGCACGACUUCAACAUCGACCUCCCGAGCGAGAUCAAGCACGACAGCGACACCGAGCUCCAACGAGCUUCAAGACCGGUCCCCUGGGAUAGCGUCGACCUUGUCGUGUUUUAUUUCAGGUGCACGAGUGCGAGUAAGCUCAAGACGAUCGCCGCCCUGAGCAACAACACUCCGGCACGACGAUGGGUUCGGUCGACGACUCCAAUCAAGCACGACAUCAACACCGGGCGGCAGGACUUGGGGUAUCUUGGGCUGGGUCUCUGGGUCUACUGGGUCUCUCAGCUGGGCGACAUCGACCACACGAGCGAGCUCAAGCACGACUUCAACCUCGACCUCACGACCGAGCUCAAGUACGACAUCAACAUCGACCUCACGACCGAGCUCAAGCACGACCUCGACACCGGGCUUCAAGAGCGUCAAUGCCGGCCCCCUGGGAGAGCGUCGACCUUGUCGUGGUCCAGGGGCUCUAGUACCUCUUUGGAGGGAAGCCAACAGACGCUUACUGACAGGGCCGUGCGUGUCAGUAAGCUCAAGACGAUCGACGCCCUUAUCAUCAACACUCGGGCACGACGACGGGUUCGGUCGACGACUCCAAUCAAGCACGACACCAACACCGGGCGAUGGGAUCUAGGGUAUCUUGUUCUAGGUCUCUCGGCUGCUGGGCUGGGGCUAGGCUGUCUAGAGCUGGGCGACAUCGACAGGCUCACGAGCGAGCUCAAGCACGACACCGACAUCGAACUCACGACCGAGCUCAAGCACGACUUCGACAUCGAACUCACGACCGAGCUCAAGCACGACAUCGACACCGAGCUCCAAGCGCUUCAAGACCGGUCCCCUGGGAUAGCGUCGACCUUGUCGGGGUCCAGGGGCUCUAGUACCUCUUUGGAGGGAAGCCAACAGACGCUUACUGACAGUUUUAACAAGUUCUUUCGUGCGUGUAAGCUCAAGACGAUCGACGCCCUGAUCAUCAACAAUCGAGCACGACGACGAGGUAUCUUGGGCUGGGUUGCUGGGCUUGGGCUGGUCUCGCUGGAGCUAGGCGACAUCGACAGCGACCUCACGAGCGAGAUCAAGCACGACUUCAACAUCGACCUCACGACCGAGCUCAAGCACGACCUCGACACCGGGCUUCAAGAGCGUCAAUGCCGGUCCCCUGGGAUAGCGUCGACCUUGUCGUGGUCCAGGGGCUCUAGUACCUCUUUGGAGGGAAGCCAACAGACGCUUACUAACAGGGCGGUGCGUGUCAGCUUCUGGGCACUGGUCUUGCUACUUGGCGACAUCGACAUCGACCUCACGACCGAGCUCAAGAACGACUUCAACAUCGACCUCACGACCUCGCUCAAACACGACAUCGACACAGAGCUCCAAGCGCUUCAGCUUCAAGACCGGUCCCCUGGGAUAGCGUCGACCUUGUCGUGGUCCAGGGGCUUAGUACCUCUUCGGAGGGAAGCUAACAGACGCUCGCAAGAUUCUCUUAUAGGCGUCUGA